AACUACAACGCAAAGAAUACAACGCAAAGAAUUACAGUGCAAAGAAGUACAGCGCAAAGAAUACAACGCAAAGAACUACAGCGCAAAGAACUACAGCGCAAAGAACUACAGCGCAAAGAACUACAGCGCAAAGAAGUACAGCGCAAAGAAUACAGCGCAAAGAACUACAACGCAAAGAACUACAACGCAAAGAAUUACAGUGCAAAGAAGUACAGCGCAAAGAACUACAACGCAAAGAACUACAACGCAAAGAACUACAGCCAAAGAAGUACAGCGCAAAGAACUACAACGCAAAGAACUACAGCGCAAAGAACUACAGCGCAAAGAACUACAACGCAAAGAACUACAACGCAAAGAAUUACAGUGCAAAGAAGUACAGCGCAAAGAAUACAACGCAAAGAACUACAACGCAAAGAACUACAGCGCAAAGAACUACAGCGCAAAGAACUACAGCGCAAAGAAGUACAGCGCAAAGAAGUACAGCGCAACGGAUGA